UAAAAAAAUCGAUCCAAUCUAGCCCAAUAUAUUGGGCUGAAUAGCCCUAAGGAUAACCCAACCCAACCAACCAACCAAGAUUUAUUAAGGUCAAACCACAAAAGUCAAAGGAAGGUCCCAAUCCAAAGAAACUCAUCAAUAAUUACAAAAAUUCAAAUUCCAUAGCCGUUGUUACAUAUCUUGAAACCAACUUAUUACGAUCUUACGGAACUCAACAAACUAUAUUUUCCCACUUUUUAGUUUUUUUUUUUUUAUUUCUUUUUGUCCUUUUUCUAAAAGGGUAAUUAAGGCAAAUUUAAAUUAUUUGAACCGCGAACCUAAUCCUCACCGUCCAAUCUACAACCUAUUUUCAAAUCCAAAUAAUCUCAACCCUCAAUUUUCAAAUCCAAAAUUCAAUUUUCACUCUCUUCAUUGUCUUCAAGUUCAAACUUCAGAGUGAACUAAAAAUGUCGGAGUGAGGAAGAGAGAGAAACUCAGUGAGUAAGUGAGGAGAGAGAAAUUAGAUUAACAAUUUCAAAAUCAUGUUUGAUUGAUUAAUUCAAAUUUUAGGGAAAAUACCCUUUAAUUUUUUCAAAAUUUUCAUCGAUUUUUUUUUAAGGAUUUUAUUCAAAAUUUGGGGAAAUAAGCAGCUGAAUUUGAGCCACAUUUUAGAAAACAAUUUCAGGGUUUCGUCCGUUGCAUAUUUUGUUUCUUAAUUCGUCAGUCAGGAUGAUGCGGGAUUUCAAGUUAUCGCGUCGUAAUCCCGAAAAGAAUGAAGAAAUUGAGAAUGUACCUAUAAACCCUAAUGACCCAUCUGUUAAUUUAAGCAAUUUAGAUGCUAGUAGAGCUCCACUAGUUAAUUUAGAUCAAGAAGUGAGUGUUGUUAAGAGUAAAUUUGAGAGAACACCUGUGAAAUCAAAGGUUAAAACCUCGGAACCUCUUCGGACCCCGGAGAGGCAAGGGUUUGGGACUUUAGGAAUGAAGAGGUUCGGGUUUUCGGGUGUGGUUGAUGAUGGUAAGUCUGAGAUGAGUAGUUAUUUGGGAUUGGGACAAUCUGGUAGAAAUGGAGGUUCAUUGAAUUUGACACCUAGGGUUAAUGCUAAUGGGAGGAAUUAUAGUGGGUGUUCUGAGAGUACUUCAACUACUACUCAGACUACACCAACUAAGAGUGUGAGUAAGCCUCCAAACCCUGGGUAUGCUGCACCAAUGAGUAGCCAACGAUAUCCUGGAAAUAGCAGUGUUCGUGUUGUGAAUUAUCCCGCGUUGUCUAGGAGGUUUUCGGUGUCUGGUGCUCAGCAAUGUGUUGUUGAUAGUGCUGAUGUUCCACAUUUUGAUCUCAAAGAGGAUCCGUCAUUUUGGAUGGAUCACAAUGUACAGGUUAUAUUAAGGGUUCGACCCCUCAACAGUGUUGAGAAAAAUACACAAGGAUACAAUAGAUGCGUGAGACAGGAGAGUGCACAGAGCAUUACUUGGAUUGGGCAGCCAGAAACUCGAUUUACAUUUGAUCAUGUAGCAUGUGAAACAGUAGAUCAGGAGAUGCUUUUUAGGAUGGCUGGCUUGCCAAUGGUAGAGAAUUGUUUGUCUGGAUAUAACAGCUGCAUGUUUGCCUACGGGCAGACUGGAAGUGGAAAAACUUACACAAUGCUUGGGGAAAUGGAUGGUGUUGAAUUCACACCUAGUGCACAUCGUGGAAUGACACCAAGAAUAUUUGAAUUCUUGUUUGCUAGAAUCAGAGCAGAAGAGGAAAGCCGAAGUGAUGAGAAAUUGAAGUACAGCUGCAGGUGCUCUUUCUUAGAGAUUUAUAAUGAGCAGAUUACAGAUCUCCUUGAUCCAUCAUCAACAAAUUUGCUUCUUCGUGAAGAUGUUAACAAUGGUGUGUAUGUAGAAAAUCUUUCGGAAUUUGAGGUUCACACUGUAGGCGAUAUCCUGAGACUCCUGAUCCAGGGUUCCUCAAAUAGGAAAGUUGCUGCAACUAAUAUGAAUAGAGAGAGCAGCAGGUCUCACAGUGUAUUCACAUGUGUAAUCGAGAGUAAGUGGGAGAGGGAUUCAACAACUAACCUACGAUUUGCUAGACUUAAUCUUGUCGAUCUGGCUGGUUCAGAAAGGCAAAAAUCAUCUGGCGCUGAAGGUGAACGACUGAAAGAAGCUGCAAAUAUUAACAAAUCCUUGUCAACAUUGGGUCAUGUAAUAAUGCUUCUAGUGGAUAUAGCUCAUGGGAAGCCAAGGCAUGUUCCUUACAGAGAUUCAAGGCUGACCUUUCUUCUUCAGGAUUCACUUGGUGGUAAUUCAAAAACCAUGAUAAUUGCCAACAUAAGCCCUUCUAUCUGCUGCGUUUCUGAAACACUUAACACACUAAAAUUUGCUCAAAGAGCAAAAUUGAUUCAAAACAAUGCUGUGGUGAAUGAAGAUUCUUCCGGGGAUGUUGCUAUGCUACAUCACCAAAUAUGGCUUUUAAAAGAGGAGCUUUCUGCUUUGAAACGUCAACAUCUUUCUCGAGCUUUGACAUUCGAUCCCUGUAUGGUGAGAGUCCAGGAAAACACUGACAUUGGAAGUAGAAAAGAAGACGAACAGCCUGGAGAGUCGCCCGGGUGUGAAUCCAAGGGGAACCUACAAUUGUCUUCCAAACAGUUAAAAUCCAUGGAGUUGAUGCUUGCUGGAGCCUUGAGAAGGGAGCAGAUGUCAGAAAGUUCCAUCAAGAAGCUUGAAGCUGAAAUUGAGCAGUUGAAUCGUUUGGUUCGUCAAAGAGAAGAGGACGCUAGAUGCAGUAAAAUGAUGCUUAAGUUCCGUGAAGACAAGAUUCAAAGAAUGGAGUCCCUUGUGGGUGAUUUGAAACCAGUGGAUGCUUAUCUGCUUGAAGAAAAUGCUGCGCUCUCAGAAGAGAUUCAACUGUUGCGAGCUAAAGUUGAUCGGAACCCAGAAGUGACCCGGUUUGCUGUGGAGAAUAUUCGGCUUCUAGAGCAGCUUAGAAGAUUUCAAGACUUUUAUGAGGAAGGUGAAAGAGAUAUGUUACUGCAAGAGAUAUCUGAGCUGCGGGCCCAGCUUAUCCGCUCUCUUGAUAACAUUAACCAGCAGCAUAACCAUGGAGACCUGGUUCAAGUGGUGCAGGAAGUUCCAAAUAACAGCAAAGAAGCUGAAAGUGUCCAUUCCGAGUUAACUUGUACAAAGAAAGAGUUAGAAGAGUGCCAAAGCAAGCUUAAGUCUUGCCUAGAAACUAAUGCAAAACUAAGCAGAGAAAUCAAGGACUUACAAGCUUAUUUUAAGAAUAAAGAAGCAGAAAUACAUGAUGAAAUUCUAAUUCCUGGUACAAUGAAGAAAAUGCAAGUUCCAUGUCUCGGAGUUCAAGCAAUUGAUGCAGUUGAUGAAAAGAGUUCCAAUAAGGAUAGAGAUCAGGCAAGAUAUGCUGAAGAAUUAGUGAAUCUGGAACUAGAGCUGGAUAUACUGAAAAUAAUUCUGAAAGAAGAGAGGAAUUUGCGUGGAAAAGUGGAGGAGACAGUGUCUUCAUUAACUAGAGAUGUCGAAUUGGCAGAAGAGGGAGCGAUAUUAAUAAGGAAGCAGUGGGAAGAUGCCAAAGGGGAUCUAACCGAAGCUAAGUCAGUAAUUGAAGCACUUGAGUCUCAACAACUUUUAUCUAUCAGUGAGAUUGAGGAUCUUAAAAUCCGUAACAGCCAUUAUUUGGAGCUGUUGAACCAGAAGGAACUUCAAGUUGCUGGACUAAGUGAACGAAGACUUGACCAAGAGUCUACCUUCUCAUGUUUAAAGCAGUCUGAAUCUGAAGAUUCUCCCUUGCAGUUACAACUGAAGAGGAUGCAAGCUUCUCUAGACAAGGCCAAACGUUUAAAUACGUGGUACCAAAGUGACCAUGCUUCUCAGAGAUCUAACGAAGAAGAAAUGGAUGAAGUACGGCGGCAAGCUGAGGCAGAAACUGCUGAAGUGAUUGUCUGCUUGCAGGAAGAACUUUCUGUGCUUCAGCACCGUGUGCAGGAGAGUGACUUGAAAGAAAAAGAGGCAGAAAGCAAGCUGCAUACAUUUGAGACCAAUCUGAAGGAACUGCAGGAAUCUUCUGACAUGAUGUCACGUGAGAAUGAAGCUCUACGUCAAAGUCUUGCAGAGAAAAACAUAGAGAUGGAAUCACUGGUGAAAGACUGGGAGACAUUAAGCUGUGAGAUUGAAAAAUCUCUUAUUGAGGGGCAUGAUGCUCUUACAAGUGCCUCUGAUGAACUUGCUUCUGUUUCCCUUUCAAAUAAAAGGGGCUGGAUUUCUGAACAAUUUGGUAAAAUGAUCAGGCAGGUAUCUGACAAAGAAUCAAUAAUUGAACAGCUUAACCGAUGUUUAAAGGAUGCAAAUAGUAGAGCCAGUGACAUGGAAUGUAUGUUGAUGUCUCUUAGAGGUGCAGCAAUGGCCAUGACUGAGUCUCACCAACAAGAGUGUUAUGAGAAGGAGAUUGAAAUACAGCAGCUGAGAGCAGAGUUAUUGGCUCACCUCUCUGCUAAAGAAGAAGAGAUAUACAUGUCUGAGAAGAAGGGUUGUGAAAGCAAAGAAGUUGUGGAAGCCGGAGUGCUUAGCCUGCAAGCAGCUUUCACUGACUUUGAAAAUAAAUGCGAAAGUAAAAUCUUGGCUCUGGAUCAUAAAUUGCACAAGGUUGAAGGAUGUGCUCAAGAAGCUAAAAGCUCUUGGCACCAAAGAAAAGAAUUACUUGAGCUGCAAUUGGUAGAUGCCAAAUCAAUUACUGCUCAAAAUACUGUAGAGACUUCUUGCCUUCUUGCUAAGUUUGAAGAAGCUCAGGACACAAUGGAAGAGGCUGAUAUAAUGAUCAAUGAACUGCUUUUAGCAAAUGAAACAGUGAAAAUUCAAGUAGAAGACCUCAGAAAUAUGAACAACAUGCUAACUACUGAAAGAGACAGUCUAAUUAGUGAAGUAAAGCGACUAAAAUCUGCUAAUGAAUUGAAUGAUCAGACAUGUAGAGAUCUUGAGAAACAACUUGAGACGGAUGUUUCACAAAAUUUGAGUCUUAUUGAGGACUUGCAGGGUAUCAUUUCUCAAAUGCAGAAUACAUCUGAGGAGGCGUUUAUGUCUUUAACCCAUGAUUUUAACUGUAUAAAGUCCCAGCUUCACGAUACUGUCCUAGUGAUGCAUUCAUCACUUGAGGACAUUUGGUCACAGAUUUUCAUGAAGGAUUGUGCUCUUUCAGUGUUACAUCUUUGCCAUAUGGGGGUACUGUUAGAGGCAGUGACAUCAUUGAACGCAGAAAAUGGACUUCUUCACCACAGAAUAUGUGAAUCUGAUGCUGUGGUAUAUGAUUUGAGGGAGCACGACUUGAAAUCAAAAGAGGAGCUUGAAAUCUGCCAAAUGCUCAAGAAGAAGCUGUUGGCUGACUUUAAGAGCAGCUUUGAUCGCAUCGUAAGGAAAGAAGGUGAAACCAGAGAGCUUAACUUGAAGCUGGACCAUUUUCAAGAAAAGCUAUCAAUUCUUCAGCAUCAGGAAGAGUUAAUGUUGGAAAGGUCGAACUUCAUGAGUUCAGAGCUUUCUAGUUUGAUGAUGGAGUUGGGUCAGAGCAAUUCACAAAUGAUGGCAUCCCUAGCCGAACAAGAGGAGCUGUACACUGUUGAACGGCAUUCAAAAGACGUUGAGCAGCUUAUAUUGACUUCCAAGCUUCAGGACUUGGCUGUCAAUUGUGCUUCUAUGCAAAAGGAACAAACAAACUUCCAGUCUGCUUUUGAUUUCUUGAUGUCAGAGGUUGUUAUCCUCCAGAUAACAGCAGAUCUGAGAGAAGAACUCAUGUCUGAAAGGGAAAAAGAUGCCAUUAGAAUGCAGAAAAGAGCUGAUGAAGCUGUGUAUGGUGAGGCACAAGUGUUGAGCCAGAUACAAACACUCAAUGCAGAGAACAAGUCUUUAAGAAAGCAGCUGACCUUGAGGGAGAAUGAUUUCAAGAAUAUGCAGAAUGGGAUGUUUUUACUGCAAUCUUCGUCUCAAGAUCUUCAAAACAACCUAUUGAUGUUGGAAAGAGAAAAUGAAUCAAUGCAAAACCAAUUACUUGAUCUGAAGAGUGAAAAUUGCAUCCUGGGUAAGGAUAUCCAGGAGAAAGACACUAAUAAAAAGUCAUCUACGGGAUUUAUUGAUACACUCAAGAUGGAGAACUCGAGAUUACUAGAGAGAAUUUCUAAUUUGGAGUCUAAAAUUGCCUUCCUUGAAAAUGAUUUGGAUCUGAAAAAGGCAGAGCUUAUUGACUUCCAGUGUGUCCAAUCUUCUACAGUUGAGGCACUGUGCAACAAGAGCCAGGAUUUGGAAAGCUACACCACUAAAGUGAAUGCACUACAGGAAGAGAACCUCAUCUUGAGAAACAAAGUUCGGUCUCUAGAGCAAAGAAACACUGAAGAGCUUAGCUGUUCCAGUUCUAAGGUCGCCAAGUGUGCCAGUUCAUUUGAAACUGCAGAGCUACAGAGUUGCAGGAUGCUUAAACAGCUUGAAGAAAAAAUCAUGAUGAUUCUGAAUCAAAUGUCUGAAGAUGGUUGUCAAAACCUGGAUUUGGUGUCAAGGUUUUUAAAGGAGUUGGAGUUCAUAGACUCUAUGGCCAAUAACCUAGUAUCUGAGAACUUGUCCAUGCAAGAAGAAUUGCUGAGGAAAGACGAGGUUCUGAAUGGAUUGCUGUUUGACCUACGUCUUUUGCAAGAGUCUGCAGCCAACAGUAAAGAUCAAAAGGAUGAGAUUGAAGAACUAGCUGCUGCUUUGGAAUCUACAGAAAGUGAAUUAGCUACCAGAUCACAUGAGCUUGACGGGGCAGUCACCUAUGGACAAAUGCUUGAAGCUAAAGUGAAGAGACAAGGAGAUACUGUAUCUGCAUUAGAAAUGGACUUGGAUAAGGCUAACCAGUCUGUAAACCUGCUCUCUGAUGAGAAUUUGUUGUUGAGGUCUCAAGUUGAGGAUAUGCAGGCAGCAAGAAGCUCUCUUGAGAGAGAAUUGAGCGAGAAAAAGAGCAUAAUUGACAGCUUAGAGAAUGAACUACUUGAAAUGGGAAACACUCUAGGCCAUGUGGAUGAUUUAGUUGAAUCUUUAAAGAGCAACUUGAAUGAAGUAAACAAUGAAAAGGAUCAACUCCAAGAGGAGCGACAGAAUCUAGAAGGAAAGGUGGAAACUGCUAAUGCUCUUGCUGAGGAGAAUGAAGCCAUUGCUGCAGAAGCUCAACAGAUAGCUGAAUCUAGGAGGAUUUAUGCUGAAGAGAAAGAAGAAGAGGUUCAGCUUUUAGAGAAUUCUGUUCAAGAGUUGGAUUCGACAAUCAGUGUAUUGGAAAACAAGCUUGAUGUACUAAAAGGAGAAGCUGAAAGGCAAAGGUUGCAGAGGGAGGAGCUAGAAUUGGAGCUUCAGUCUCUAAAAACCCAGAUGUUGAAUGUUGAAAAUGCUGAUGCUGACAUUAAAAGGCAUUUUGAUGAUAAAUCAAGAAAUCUCCAAGAAGCCUUAAUGCGUAUACAAGUUCUUGAGAAAGAGUUGAAUAAUAAAGACACAGAGAUUGCUAAGUGCAAAGCACAUAUUACUGAGUUGGCACUGCAUGCAGAAGCACAGGCUAGUGAGUACAAACACAAGUUCAAGGAGUUGGAAGCAAUGGUUGAACAACUUAAAUCAGAAGAGGUUUCCAACCAUAAGUUGGAGAAAAAUACCAGCAAAGGGAGGGGAUCUGCCUCCCCUUUCAAGGCUAAGGGUUCAGGUUCUCCUUUCAAACCAAAGGGUUCUGGUUCCCCUUUCAAGUGCAUUGGUCUAGGAUAUCAACUUAGAUCAGAGAAGGAUGAGGACUUUAGUGCUGAAAGGCAACGCAUAGAGGAGCUUGAAGCCUUAGCUUUAAGUAGACAGAAAGAAAUAUUUACGUUAAAUGCAAGAUUAGCCACUGCAGAAAGUAUGACACAUGAUGUAAUCCGAGAUUUACUAGGAGUAAAAAUGGAUAUGAGCAAUUAUGUGACACUGCUAGAUAAACAAGCUGUUAAAAAGAUUGCAGAGAAGGCUCAACUUGAUAAUAUACAGCCGCAGGACCAGGAGGUGGUGAACAAGUUGAAAAAGCAACUCAAUGAGUUUAUUGAAGAAAGGCAAAGAUGGCUCGAAGAAAUUGACAGUAAACGGGCUGAGUUGGUUGCUGCACAGAACGCAUUAGAAAAACACCUCCAGCAAGAGCAGUUCCUUGCCUCGGAAAAUGAAGAUUUAAAGGUAAAGAUACAUAAUAAUAGUGAGAGAGUAACGGAGCUUGAAGGGGAGGUGAAGAAAUUAUCAGGUCAGCAAAACAUCCAACAGCGUAUACACCAUCACACCAAAAUCAAGGAAGAAAACUAUGAGCUGAAAAGCCAAAAUGAAGACCUUUGUCGUAGAUUGCGGAGAGCUGAGUCAUAUCUCACACGUAUAAAGGAAGAACUGGCUCAUUAUCGUUCUUGCAAUGGAAGAAGUCCUUACAUUUCUUUUGACGAGGAACACAGACUAAAGAGAAAAAUAAAGGAGAUCGAACAGGAAAAGCUACACCUGGCACAGACAUUAUUUGAGCUAUAUACAAGCAUUCUAAAGGCUGCAGGAGCUAGGAAACCAGCAUCUGAAGUCAACCAUUCUGCAGCUGAAGAAGCUCUCCAGGAGCUCGCAACUCGAGUGAUUUCAUUGGAGAGAGAAGUUGAUGAUUUAAAAUUAAAGAAUAGGGUCACCAACGAACGAAUCCGAUUAUCAGAGCUUAGGCAAGAUCCUUCACCAUUUAGGUCGAGGUCAGGGGAUAAUCGCCAAACUCCUAGAAGAGGUUCCCAAUCACCAUUUUUUUCGGCACUUGAUCGAUAGGUGAAGCCACAGAGUACUAAUUAGGCCAUGUAUAGCAGUAAGUUAAUAACUUUCUGCAAAAUUGUAAAUAUGUGUAUUCUUUAUUUACCAGUAAAUGUAAGCUUAGUUUGCUGGCUUGUAUAGGUUUAUUCAUUUGUUGUAUGUAACUUAUACGUAUGAUUUUGUUAAAAUCAGUGUUUAUAG